GCGGGCCUAGCUCUUGCACAUUCCCUCCCAUGUCAUGGCUGUGGUGCCGGCGGCUCGCAAUUCGCCGUUUUUCUCGAGAGAAAGCCACCGGGCGAGAGGCUAUGGCGCUUCGAGCACCAGCGACGAAGGAAUGCACGGAAGGACUUUCACAAAAACAAGCAGCAGUGGCUCAGAGGAUCAAAAAAUUCUCAGCUGGAACAAGAUCAAACAAGAGGAGGACAAGAGGAAAAAGGAGAUGGUGCUGGAGCUCAUUGCUGCAUUGAAGGCGGCGAGCGGCUCAAGAGCGAUCGAGAGGGGAAGGCAGCUCCAUGCCGCAGCGGUUGAGAGUGGCAACGGUUCCAACUUCUACGUUGCGAGCUCUCUCGUGAGCAUGUACGCGAGAUGUGGCUGCAUGGGCGAGGCUCGCUCGGUGUUUGAUGCCAACCACGAUGUGGUUCUCUGGACAGCGCUCAUGCUCGGCUACUCCAAGAACGGCCAGGGAGAAGUGACUUUGGAGCUCUUCUCGCGGAUGCUGCUCGUCGCAGGCCGAAUUCUCAGACGUUUCUGGCUGUGCUCAAGGGCCUUUCGCGCUUGGCUGCCAGGGAGGAAGGCAGGAGAUUCGGUGGAAAGGUGGUGAAGACAAGGA